GCCAGUCCGCGUCCGCCGGCAGCGUCGCCGCCCGUCACCGGAGAGACACUGGCGCUGUGACCGCUCUCACUUAUGUCGUGGCGCGUGGCGUUCCAUAUUGAAAUGUUGACAGCACAUUCUUUUUCUUUUUAAGUACUAAUAGGCAGGAUAUUAAACUCUUUAGAACAAAUUGCGUAACAAAUGUUAAUAGCUCAGAAAAAUCUUUCAUAACUCAGCUUAUUAAUGACUCAUCCUAAAUAACCACGGUGCGAACUGUAUUUAAACAAACCGACAAGCAGUUCCGGUCACUAGCUUGUUACUUUGGAGAACUUAACUUCAUUUGAGUAAAGUGCGUCGAGAGCGACGGACGUGUGUCAGCUGUUGAUAACCUCUGUGAUAACAGGAGCCAGCGGACAAUGAGUGUGGCUUUGUGGUACUAGUGAAGUGAUAACAGUGCCUUCGAGAUGUACAGCUUUGAUAAGGACCUGUGGCACGUGAGCAGGCCCUCGGGGUCGCAGGAGACCCCCAACAGCGAGACUACGGAGAGGCAACGCAGCGAGAGCCCCACGAGCGCCGUGGGAGCCGAGGCUCCGCGCGAGCUGCCCAACGAGCUGUCGGCGCCCUACGAGGUGCCGCAGUUCCCCAUCGAGCAGAUAGAAAAGAAGCUGCUCAUCCAGAGACAACUUAAUGUCAAGGCAGCAGAAUGCGGUCAGUCAGUUCGUUCGUUCGGUGGAAGCGAGGCCGGUGGCGCGGGCGCGGUGUUCGACGAGAAGCUGCGCUCCGCUGACGAUGACGACACGGACUUUGUGCUGCCGCACUUCCAGAGAGUCGCCAUCAGCGGCGAGGAUACUUCUGGGGUCCCGCUAGAGGAUCUCCAGCAGGCCUCCUCGUACCUGGUGCAGGCGCUGGAGCUGCGCAAGCGCUACAUGGAGAUCUCGCAGCAGAGCUACGCCAUGAUCACGGCGCGCUUCGUGCGCAGCACCGACGCCAACGCGCCCGCCUACGUGCCCAGCGUGCACGUGCACAAACACAUCGCAGAUCACAUAGUCCACCCCCCGUUCAGGGCGGGCAAGGACCCGUGGGAGUGCCCGAACCCGGCUCCGAAGGACUACGUGAUCAGGUCUGACAAGGGCGUGUUCAACCUGUACCAGCGUGACGCGGCGGGCGCUGAGUCCCGCCUGCCCUACGAGUACAUCACGCUGCAGCAGUACAUCGCAGACAUGAACAUCAUGUGCAAUAUGAUGUCUGAUGGACCGCUGAAGUCGUUCUGCUACCGGCGGCUGUCGUACCUGUCGUCCAAGUUCCAGCUGCACGUGCUGCUGAACGAGCUGCGCGAGCUGGCCUCGCAGAAGGCCGUGCCGCACAGGGACUUCUACAAUAUCAGGAAAGUGGACACGCACAUUCACGCUGCUUCGUGUAUGAACCAGAAGCACCUGCUGCGCUUCAUCAAGAAGACUCUCAAAACACAUGCUGAUGAGGUGGUGACUCUACACAAAGGCAGUCCGAUGACGUUGAAGGCGGUGUUCCAGUCCAUGAACCUCAGCACCUACGACCUCACCGUCGACAUGCUGGACGUGCACGCGGACCGUAACACCUUCCAUCGUUUCGACAAGUUCAACGCCAAGUACAAUCCCAUCGGCGAGAGCAGACUGAGGGAGGUGUUCCUCAAGACAGACAACUAUAUGAACGGGAAAUACUUCGCCAGGAUCAUCAAGGAAGUAGCAUCUGAUCUUGAAGAGAGCAAAUACCAGAACGCAGAGCUGCGGCUGUCGAUCUACGGCAAGAGCCCGAGCGAGUGGGCCAAGCUGGCCAAGUGGGCCAUCCAGUACAACGUGUACUCCGACAACGUGCGCUGGCUCAUACAGAUACCCAGGCUCUACGAUAUCUUCAAGUCGAACAAGAUCAUGAACAACUUCCAGGAGUUCCUGAGCAACAUCUUCCAGCCGCUGUUCGAGGUCACGCGCGACCCCAACAGCAACUACGAACUGCACAAGUUUCUUACUCACGUAGUCGGCUUCGACAGCGUGGACGACGAGUCCAAGCCAGAGAACCCGAUGCUGGACCCCGAGUCCCGGUGCCCCGAGGAGUGGGAUGAUGAGGAGAACCCCCCCUACGCGUACUACCUCUACUACAUGUACGCCAACAUGACCGUGCUCAACCAUUUCCGGAAGGAACAAGGGUUGAACACGUUCGUGCUGCGCCCUCACUGCGGCGAGGCGGGCCCUGUGCAGCAUCUGGUGUGCGGCUUCCUGCUGGCAGAGAACAUCUCGCACGGACUGCUGCUUAGAAAGGUACCAGUCCUGCAGUACCUGUACUACCUGGCGCAGAUCUCCAUCGCCAUGUCCCCGCUCAGCAACAACUCCCUCUUCCUGAACUACCACCGCAACCCGCUGCCCGAGUUCCUGGCGCGCGGACUCUGCAUCACGCUCAGUACUGAUGACCCGCUGCAGUUCCACUUCACCAAGGAGCCGCUGAUGGAGGAGUACAGUAUCGCGGCGCAGGUGUGGAAGCUGAGCUCCUGCGACAUGUGCGAGCUGGCCAGGAACUCCGUGCUUAUGUCCGGGUUCCCGCACGAGAUGAAGCAGUACUGGCUGGGCCCGAACUACAUGAAGGAGGGCGUGGCCGGGAACGACAUCACGCGCACCAACGUGCCCGACAUCCGCAUCUCCUUCAGACACGAGACGCUGCUGGACGAGCUCACCAACAUCUUCAAGGAGGGCCCAGUUUGCUCUGCCCACCAUACCGACGACGCUGGGUGAUGCGGACGGGGCGCCCCCUAUACCGAACUUCGCGGCUCCUAUCGUCAGCUUAAAGCGGCCAUCACUUGUUUAAAUAAACAACAAAACAAAUAUAACAAUAAUAUAGAACUUUAUUUUUUUAGGUUAUGUAACAUAACCUAUAAUAAACUUGUAAAUUUACAUAUUUUGAUGAGAGAUACUUACUAUACGUAAUAAGUAACCAAUUAAAAUAAAUGUUUUUGUUUAAUGCCUAAAAACAUUUGAUAUUUUAUAAUUUAGGUACUUAUUUAUGGUCAUAUUUUUUUCAGCCAAAUCAUGUUUUAUACGUAAGCACUUAUUUUUGCAUAGAACUAAGAAGUUUUGGUUUAAGAAUAAAAAAAUGUACUUAAUGGUUGCGAUUUGAGGGGCUCUGCUUACUCAUUAUUGAACUUGUUUUUAUUCUACAUUUAUAAUUAUAGUUAUAUUCUGCUCGGUUAAUGUAUGGCUUAUUAAAUAAAUAAAAACAGUUAUUUACGCAA